AAUUGUUUCCUUUCAGAUGGUCGGAAGGCUUUCACUUCCUUUUUACAGUCUGAGUACAGUCAAGAGAACAUUGAAUUCUGGGAAGCCUGUGAGGAUUUCACGCAGACAUCAGUGGACAAGAUGAAUGUGAAAGCUAGAAAGAUAUUUAAGCGAUACGUUGAAGCCGAUUCCCCUAGCGAGGUGAAUUUGGAUUCGGCCACUAGAGAACUCACUAGAAAGAAUCUGGAAAGGUGUGACGCAUCCUGUUUUGAGGAGGCUCAGAGUAAAAUCUUCACGCUCAUGGAAAAGGACUCGUACAGGCGCUUCCUGAAAUCCAAACUGUUCCUGGAACUGUCUCAACCACCGUUGGACAACAAACCCUGUAGUUUAGAGAAGAAAGGAAAACAUCACGUUUCUGACCACAGUCAGUGCUUGCCUAGUUAUGCCUAACCAAACCAUCUCCUCAUGGAUGAACAAAGAAUAUGACGAACUUUGCCAUAAUGUGACUUCCACUCACUUGGCUUUGUAAAGCUUGUUCACGUUUAUGAGUAAAAAGGUGGAGCUUAUUAGAUGGUUCAGUCAUUGUGAUUGUAACACUUUUAGCUUUGCAGUAGCAUUAAAAAAGUGUGUAGUUAAUCACUGCUUGAGCAUGACGGUCAUGUUCUGAACGGGUUUUGUGCAGGCAAUGUUUUUACCAUCAACAGAAAUAACCUGCAUCUACUCUUCAACCUUGAAAUUCCAUUGAAUUGGCUUUGGGAAAACAAUACACCUGUGAUGUAGUUUACAACUAAAUGACUGUUACAGAUAGAAACAGAUUUUUGCUUAGGAUUUUAUUUGAGCUCUGAGGAGAAUAGGACCAUUAACAUCACUAAUAACCAACUGUAUUCUCUUUACUCUUGUAAUGUUAUGUAAUCCGUAUAUUUAUAUAUGUUUAUGUAUAAGCUCUCUUAACUUCAGAGGUGAUGUAUGUUCUUUCUACUUAAAAUGUGAAAUUUCCAGCAUUUUCUUUUUGUGUUGGCCACUCUUCAUAAUCCACAAAAUGACAAGUGAAUGUGAUAAAUGUGCAUGUGCAAUGUAUUACCUGUCACUGCCAAUGAAUUACGAUGCGUUCCACUGUGAAAUCGUGUCUUGGCUUUAAGGCAGACAUUACAUAUCAAACCACAAACGCCCCUGUUAGAAUAAAUGGCCAAAUGUGAGUUGUUUACAUAUUUGUUUACUGGUUCCAUAUUUAUUCUUGUCAUAUUUAUGAAUAAAAUGACAUCAUAAAAU